AUGAGCUGGAGCUUCCUCACGCGGCUCCUGGAGGAGAUCCACAACCACUCCACCUUCGUGGGGAAGCUGUGGCUGACGGUGCUCAUCGUCUUCCGCAUCGUGCUGACGGCGGUGGGCGGCGAGUCCAUCUACUACGACGAGCAGAGCAAGUUCGUCUGCAACUCGGGCCAGCCGGGCUGCGAGAACGUCUGCUACGACGCCUUCGCGCCCCUCUCGCACGUCCGCUUCUGGGUCUUCCAGAUCAUCCUGGUGGCCAUGCCCUCGCUGGUCUACCUGGGCUACGCCAUCAACAAGAUUGCCCGGCUGGAGGACGCGGGGGGCGGGGCCUGCCGGCCGGGCGGGGCGGGGCCCCCGGGGUUCACCCACCGGAGGCCCCGCAAGAUCUUCUUCGGCGGGCAGGGCCAGGGGAGGCGCGUGUCGGAGGAGGCUGAAGAGGACCAGGAGGACGACCCCAUGAUCUACGAGGUGCCCGACAUGGAGGGGCGGAUGGAGAUGGCCCCGCCCCGGAGGCGGACCAAGGCGCGGCACGACGGGCGGCGGCGUAUCCGUGCCGACGGGCUGAUGCGGGUGUACGUGGCGCAGCUGGUGACGCGCACGCUGGUGGAGGCGGGCUUCCUGGCGGGGCAGUACGCCCUGUACGGGCUGGCCGUGCCCUCGGUCUUCGUGUGCCAGGACCCGCCCUGUCCGCACAGCGUGGACUGCUUCGUCUCGCGGCCCACGGAGAAGACCAUCUUCCUGCGCAUCAUGUACGCCGUCGCCCUCCUCUGCCUGGCGCUCGACCUGUGGGAGAUGCUGCACCUGGGGGCGGGGACUGUGUGCGACAUCGUCCGCCGCCGCCGGGGCCCGCCCCCCGAGGACGAGUACCAGCUGGGCUCGCUCGGGCCGGGGCCGGGGCGGGGCGGGGCCGGGGGCCCGGUGGGGGAGGACGGGAGCACGGGAGGGGUGGCAGGCGGCGAGUACGUGGCCUACCCCUUCUCGUGGAACGCCCCCCUGGCCCCGCCCGGCUACAACAUCGCGGUGAAGCCCGAGGUGCAGCCGCAGUACGCCGACCUGAGCAACGGCAAGAUGGCGUGCCGGCAGAACCGCGCCAACAUCGCCCAGGAGGAGCAGCGGCAGUUCGGCAGCAACGAGGAGAACUUCCCGGCGGGGGAGGCGCGCGGCGGCGGCCCCCUGCAGAAGGAGGUCCAGGAGGCGCAGGAGCAGCUGGAGGCGGCGCUCCAGGCCUACAGCCAGCAGCACGGCGACGGGGAGAAGCCGCAGAGCAACGUGGCGUUGCCGCACCGCGACCGGAAACACCGCUCCGGCUCCAAGCACGGCAGCGCCAAGAGCAGGGAGGGCAACAGCAGCAGCAGCAACAGCAACAGCAGCAAGUCUGCGGAGACUAAGCCGUCUGUGUGGAUCUGA